AACGAGGCCUGUCGAAAACAAACCACCGCAAACACAAGUGCACCUUAUCUGCGGAACUGUCAACAAAACAAAAUCUUGCGAAAAAAGAGUGACCUACGAACGUUUCCCAUCUACGUAUGGCACCGUGAAAGAUUACGCACUGCCCGUCUGACUUGGCAAUUUAUCGACAGAAUCCACACUACGCGUGCUAGCGCCCCACGAGCUUCUGCUAGCUGCGGAAUAUAAUUUCACCGAAACCAUCCACCGUACUAGCGAGACGGCAGCAGCAGCAGCAGCAAACGUGUGCCAAAGAAGGUGGAAGUAUCCGUAAAUUCCAGUCCGUUGUUUGUAAAUGUUGGCGUUCGUUUCGGUUUGGUUUCGUUGCCGCACUUUCAGCAACAGCCGCCUGCGGUUGAUUGAACGCCGAAAAGCUCGUGCGACUGCUGGUAACGGUGUGCCGUGCCUUGCCAACCCAUCCACAGGAUGCCCUGCGAAAAGUGCAAUGUGAAGUUUGGCAUUAUAACGCGCAAAAAGUCCUGCUAUGAAUGUCAUCGCCUGUUCUGCCGGAACUGUCUGACGAAGCGGCAGGAGCGGUUCCUCUGCCCGAACUGCACCAUCUUCACCAAGCGGCCUCUAUCGCGCAUCGAUUUGGCCCAGCUAAAGGUGAAGGAUCUCAUCUUUUACCUGCAGUCGAAACACAUUUCCACAUCCGGUUGCGUUGAAAAAGACGACCUCAUCAAUUUAGUGAUUGCUCACGUAAAUUCCGGCGGUAGCUCACCGCGCACACCGGGCAGCUUUAGUGCCACCUCGUCCAACACGGAAUCGGCCUCCGGUGGUUCGUCCCGCUACGGAAGCUUUUAUCGGAACGGAACGAAAAACUGUACAAACACGUUCGACCAGAUUAAGAAUACCUGCCAGAAUUUAUUUUCCACCUUUUCGGACAAAUUAAAUGGCGACGUUCCCGAGAAUGGGCGUCCGAGCACCGGUUUCGCGACGCAGGAAGAACAGCGCCACAUAUUCACACAGCCUCGCUUCGGUAGCAACAAUGUUUACCAUUCCGUCGAUCCAAGCGUACGGCCCGGGGACGGUGCCAGCCAUUACGCACCGAACGCGGCCGACGGUGCCGACAGUAACCAAAGAACGGAACCGGGCGAGCGUCCGGCACACUUUAGCAGUGGUGCAAGCAGCGGCACGACAAGCGGUGCCGAUUCGAGUGCCGCAUCAUCGUCCUUCUCUUCGCCCAGCCGGGAAGCGUGUUCGCCGCUGUUAGGCAAUCGGCUGCCCACCGCCACCGCUGGGCAAACGCAGGCCAUGCUGGACGAUCGCAUCGAAAGCAUACUGGCGCUGGAAACCGGAGGAACGGGAUGCGAAUGCUGUACGGACGAUGAGGACGACGACGGGCGGGCCGAGGUUACAGUGCCGAAGGAACGGUGCGAUAACGGUGCGCACCGGGAGGAAGAUAUGGCACCGUGCUCGAAACAGUCCCGUCGAAGCGUUUCCCAAUCGAAUCUGCUAGCUCCGCAGCUGGCUGGUCCCAGUGCGGACACAUCGGCCACCACCACGAAGCACGCUUCGCACAGCCAAACGCCUUCGUCAUCGUUCGACGAUCUGCUGGCCGAUGGGGAGGGAAGCAGCAGCAAUGCGGAUCAAGCGAUCGCACAGGACACGUUGGCGGUCACCGAUACGGAUGCGCUCGCAACGACUGUGGCGUCGAUCGACGAUACGGACCAGUGGCAGAUCGUCCAUACCUCAGACACGAACGGUGGCGGUACGCUGGAAGCGGCCACCAACAGCGAGCUUCCGAUGACGGACGCCACGAACGAGGCGACCACCGCAAACGAGGAGGAGGAAAGCAGCGACAGCAUUGACAAUUCGGUUGAGAUUAAAUCAAAAGCACCCCCGAUGCUGGUGCCGGUGCUGGGCCACAGUCCAUCGCAGGUGGGGGUGACGGGGGGCGCACCGCUUAUUACGCGCCGUCGAUCGGACAGCUACCUGCUGUCGGCAGGUUGCGGCGUCCCUUCGCGUCAGCAUGGCCAGGUGGGGAUGGGCGCACCCGUUGAGCCAUUGUUGCGCCAGCGUGCCGGUACGACGCGAUCGUUACAUACGGCGGACGCGGGACCAACGAUCGGUGCGGGGGACACAAUGCCAAGUAGCAGCCAUCCUGCCAACCCGACCACCAGCACAACGCACGGUAUGUGCUUUCGGUGUGGCAAGCGCCGGAACGGUAUCCGUCGGCAGCUGAAAAAGUUUCGCAAGCAGCUCGAAACGGCCACCGUGCCGGAGGUGGAGAAACGGCGCCAGCUGGAAGCGUUCCUCAACUAUCUAGAACGGCGCAGCAAAGGUUCGUUCGAGCUGACCGAUUCCGAAUCGAUCACGGAAGAGGCAAGCGUUAGUGUGGGGGAGGAAGGCGCGACUGGUGGUGUGGUGGCAACUGCACUCGAUAUGCGCGGUCCUAGUGAACAGCAGGCCCAUUCCUACCCGAAACCUUCUACGGCGCAGGAAGGGCCGAUUUGCACCAACCUCUACUCUUCCGGCAAUCAGGAUUUGGCCAACAUGAAACAGAUCAAGCUGAGCGACAUUAAGGAAAGUGCGGACCUGGACGUGCUCUCGGUGAAGCAGCUGAAGGGCAUUCUGAUGGUGAAUCGGGUCGAUUUUAAGGGUUGCUGUGAAAAGGCCGAACUGCGCGAACGGGUGCUACGGCUGUGGCGCGAUUACAAAUCCAUACCAUCAAUCGAAAAACUUCCGUCAGACGAUUUGUGCAAAAUUUGCAUGGAUGCACCGAUCGAGUGUGUGAUACUGGAGUGCGGCCACAUGACUACCUGUACCGCGUGCGGUAAGGUGCUAAGCGAAUGCCCGAUAUGCCGCCAGUAUAUAGUGCGGGUAGUGCGAUUCUUCCGAGCCUAAAGCAAUCCUUCCUUCCCCCGAAACGCACCACCCUCUAACAAUCGUCUCAGGGUAUUGGUUAGACACGGGGCAGCUGGAACAGCGCGGUGCUACACGCCCUUUCCAGCGUGGUUUUACGUUUGGUUGUUUUUCGUUUCGAAACGAACUAAUUUAAUGUAUGUCCCUCUUUAAGAUGAAGCUCCAGGGUGUCUCCCGGAUGGUAUGUACCUGGGGCGUGGGGCUGGACCUGUGUACCCAGUUGACAAAUAAUAUGAGCAACACUAAGACACAAUACGAAACUAACGCUAACUACCGACACACAAACACACACACAACCCUCGAGAUGAACGAGAAAAACGAAAAAUUGUGAUCUAGUUAAUCUAGGAUUAAAAGAAGAAAAAAAGGCGCUAGUAAUACACUACAACUGGAACCGGCCGGGGAGCGGACAGACGGGUGCUCCACCGGCAAGAAGGGGGGGGCUGCUGGCUGGGAGCCGUAUAAUUUAUUAUUCCGUACCGGGAUGCUCGGUACGUUACAAAGACGUCUGCGAUAUACACCUGCUAGUCCGGUGUUUCGUUACUGGUGUAUAAUAAUAGAUGAUUCGUGCAGGUGUAUGGCUCUAAGUGUAACAGCAAAUCGUCCCAACAAAGGUAUGGUGUGUCGUUGGUCAUCGAUGGUAUUAUGUUUCUGUUCCUGUUCGAAGACGAACAAAAAAAAAACAGCGAAUGUUGUUUCUCCUACCCACACAACCACUGCACCCGUUGCAGUUUCCACCACCAAACAAACAACCAUACACUGCUGCGGCUGCUGCUGGCGCCAUUCGUUCAUAAAACUGUUUUUGAAAAUCAAAACCACGCGCGUAUGCGUCCCGCUAGCGCAAUCAACCUAUUUACUAUACUCGUUCGAUCCUAAUUCUUUCCCUUAGAUUUUCAAUUGUUGACUACGUAACCAUUGUACAAGCAACAAAGCAAAGCAAAGCAAAACAACAAAAAAAAGGUUAAUGAAUUCCAAUUGCAUCUAGCGUAACAAAAUACCGUAACAAUAAAUUGCGUAAAAUCGAUAUGAAGAAAAGAAAAAA